AUGGCGCCUCAAAGCACUACGUCGGCCCUCAGCAGUACGACGGCCAACAUUUCGACGCCUGCGGCCACCUGCGCUCUUUCGGCAGCUUCUAGCGGCAAGUCGACGACCAUGGCAUCCGUCACGACGGGUCUGGCGUCUCCGGCGGCGACCCACGCGGUCUCGGGCGACGCCGCAGUGCUCAUGCUACGCCCAACGCCCUCGGUGCCUUCGAUCAGUGCGCUGCAAAUGGCUUCGGCCACUGCACAGAGUGCACCAGUGACCAGCACCAUCACUGGACUGCUGCACGCUGUUGAAGCGUCACGCUACCGGACGGAGCCGAGCCAGCGUCUGCCGUAUGAGCCGUGGCUCACUCCAUGGUAUCGGCUCACGCCUCCAGGGCAAGUCGUCGUACCAGCCACGCUUGACGAUCUUCGCGAUGGCGCGCUCAUGACAGGCGCUCCGGAUGGUCUGAGCCGUCUGGUGAACGUGACUUCGUUCUCAGCCCCUGAGCUCUCCCGCUUGAGCCAGCUCAUGGGCCACGAUGCCACUGGAGACUUGUUGCAGCCUCUCUCAGUUCCCCCGCCAGACAUCACCGACCCUCGCAUCCGAGCGGCCUUGGAUCGUGAGAUGGCUCCCCUCGCCCAGUGUUUCGGCGUUGAUCAGCUCGCGGCAAGGUCGCUCAGGACAGUGCAAUGUCUCCAACUCACGGUGCGUUUCCUCCAAGGCCUCGAGCAGAGCGUGGGCAAUGCUUCAGCUUCAGGAGCAGCUGGGUUUACGGUGAGAAGCCACAGCUUCGCUCAGACCCUAAGGCGUCAGAGCGAGGCUCACCAAGCUGAGCUGCAGCGCCUUCAGAGCAAUCACGCCGUAGCUCUUCAAAGCGCUGCUGCUGGAGCAUCUAGUGGUCAGGUCACUAACACCACGGCUGCCGCAGAGAUCCAAAAGCUCAAAGAAGACCUCGAAAGCGCGAACAAGUUGGGCGCUCAGUUUGCCACAGAGAAGCUUGACGCAGACGAUGCGGUCAGUGAGGCUGCGCUCAAGAUCACUUCGCUCGAGUCUGAGCUCACCGUGGCACAAAAACGCAUUGCUGAGCUCGAAGCCCAGAUCCUGAACUCCAGAGCGUUUGAUCCCGGCGCCCUCUGUGACUUCUUCGUCAACAGCAGCGCCUUCAAAGGCAACUGGCGACGCUUCCUCGCGUUGCUGCAGCUGUACCGGACAGGGCAACCCGUCCCGACCAGUUAUCGCACUACGAUUCGAGUCUCUGCGCGUGAUCUGGACUUCGAUGACUCCGAUCCAUACACGACUCAAGCUGCUCAGUCAAGUGCUGCUUCGGCGCCAGCUUCUUCGCCUUCAGGAUCCGCUCAAGCGGCUACGACUCCGACCAGCUCGUCUCUGCCGGAUACCCCUUUGCGCACACCACCGAUGCUCAGCUUGGGCAGGUCAACUUCCGCUAGGUCCAGUAAAAUCCGACGCAAAGCGCUCAAGUCGCUGCCACUGGCUAAGGCCUUGGCUCCAAGCAGCUCGAAGAAAGCUGGCGGGCUGAAGAUCCACACACCGAAGGCCAAGGCACCGAUGAUCAAGCCGUUCACACAGCGAAUUGCGCUGCCACGCCGCCCGAGCAAGUUCAAGCCUGAGCGCAAGAACGCCAAGAAGGAAUCUCCCAGCGCUCGUUCUGACCUGGACGCAGCAAAGGCUGUGCCCAACCAGUUCAGCUGGGAUGGCACUCGCCCAGACGUCCAAGAGCUCAUGUUGGCUGGCGUGGCGUUCUGGGAUGCAGUGGAUGAAGUCCAGAAGGACCAGAUGCUCCACGACCAGUUCGACAAGAAGAACUUGAUCUACAUGUUGACUUCAGCGAUGUACUGGGAGGCUCUGGGCGGCACUCCGUGGAUGCAGUAUGUCCCAGACAACUUACCACGGAUCGAAGGCCAAGGCACCCAGCUCCAUCAGCACCAGAUCUCAGAGUUCUCCAGCAGACAAGAAGCGACAACGGAGUUCGACCUUUUCUGGGAGCAGUUCAACGAAGCUGAGACUCCUGAGGAAGGUGUCGGCAAUGGCAUCAUCGAGGCCCCCAAGAAAGGAAGCUGGUUUCACAACGGCAUCCGAGUCCAGAAGCUGCACCACCAGACGAUUGGUUUCCCAGCUUACAUGCCGUCCAAGACUGGGAUCGAGCAGCUCCACAAGCGCAUCGAGUACGCGUAUUAUCUGGAGCUGCUCAGAUCAGACCCCUGGGACGACAUGUGGGAUGGCCGCGUUGACUUCCUCGUCAUGCAGAACUCUCUCCCGAGAUCGUAUUGGGAGCGACUCCACUGGUAUCCGUUCCCGUCCAAGAUCGACUACGUUCAGCUCGCCAAGGAACUGGGCCUGCCUGAGCUGGCCACCGUCUACCGAGAGCGCAAGGACCGUGCCCAAGAGUUCGAGCUUCGUCGCAGGGACUUGAUCGACCAUCUCAGGGGCGUCAAGGGUUACUCGGAUCGGAUCUGGUUCGAGCCCGGACACUGGGCUGUGCCCAAGGAUCCGUGCCACUGGGUUCUCCGAGACCCAGAUCUCAAGAUCUCGCUGGCUGACCAACUUUUCACCCUGGACGACCAAGAACCAGUUCGCACGCAAUGGGUCACCCGCCGCUCGGACAAGCAGUUCAAAGCGAUCGUCCCGCCUGAGCUCAAGCCCAAGAGCACAGCCGAACGAGAGGCGAACCCAAUUAUCCCAGCACCGGAGUACAACCACGACACGCUUGCUGAGGUGCUUCGCGCUCUGGAAGCCGUGCAAGACGAGGAGACUGAGGAAGCGUAG